AUGGCCCAGGCAUCGGUCGGCGUGUCGGUCGGGGCGCUCUCCAUGGACACCAGCAUGCAGCGCGUCCCCGCCACGGCGCCGGACCUCGACGACGACGACGACGUGUUGGCUGCAGUGACCUCGGACGAGAGCGACGGCGGGGACGCGCCCGGGCCCAAGGUCCUGGGCGGCGCGACCCAGCGGGACACCUUCGACGACGAGGGACCCCCUGCGUCCGCGGAACAGUCGCGUCGCGCCGGGUCCGCGUCCGCAGGGCCCGGGUCGCCUGCGGGCGGGGCCACAUCGCCGCGCAAGGGCAACGCGGCGCGCGGUCCGGCCCGCGACGAGGCCGAGGAGGCUCAGGACCCUGCGGACGAGGACCACGCCGGCGGAGCGGUCGAGAAACCCGCCGACAGCGACGAGGAGGAGUACGCGCCGGACGCGGACGACGACGCCGCGGGCGCGUCGGACGGCGACGAGGACGACGAGGACGCGGGCGGGAAGAAGCGCAGGAAGCUGACGGCGCAGGAGCGGCUCGCGAAGCAGGAGGAGGCGCGGGAGCAGAAGGUCAGGGAGCAGGUCAACCUGGACACGCAGCGGCUGCUCCGCGAGGCCGCCGCGAACGACCGUCUGGGCAAGGGGUACAACCCAGACAUCCCCCGGGGGUUCGGGGGACUCGCGUCGAAGCUCAAGCAGGCGCGGGCGGCGCGCGCGGAGCAGGCGCGCGCGCUCCGGACGUGCAUCGUCGCGGAGAUGCUCACAGGGUGCGGGGACCCGGAGGUCGACGCGGUGCUGAACCCGGACCUCGAGAUCGCGGACGACGCCCAGGCGGCGGCGGAGGAGGGGGACGCGGGAGGUGCGCAGGAGGCGGCCGGCGACGACGGCGACGGGGGCGCGGACGAGCGCGUUCCCGUCGCGGACGGCGCGGCGGCCCCGCGCGCUGCGAAGGCGUCUGGGCCGAAGGCUGCGCGGAAGGCUGCGGCGCCGGUGCUGACGUUGGAGGAGCUGCGUGCGCGGCUGGGGGGUGGGGAGCAGGAGCGGGGCGGGGGGGCUGCGGAGGAGGACGAGUUCGACGGCGCGGCGUUCAACGACGAGGAGGAGCUGGUGCAGAUGGAGUACGACGAGGAGGAGCAGGAGGUGGCGGUGCGGCUCGACGACCACGACAACGUGGCCGGCGGGGCGUCGGGCGGGCAGAGCGAGCGCGAGGACGCGGGGGGCGCGAGCAGCGACGACGACGACGACGAGGACGACGGCGACGACGACGCGGUGUUGGAGGCGGAGGCGCGGAACGCGGGCGACGCGGGCGACGCGGGCGCGGACCCGGUGCGCACGUUCGCGCGGGCGUUCCGGCGGGAGCGCGAGGGCGCGGCGCAGGCGGCGGCGGGCGCGGAGGUGGUGCGGCGGCUGCACGAGGACGAGGCGGAGAUGUCGGGCGACGAGGCGGAGCACAACGACGAGGGCGCGGAGGACGCGGACCUGGACGGGAACCUGGCGGAGCUGGUCGAGACGGGCCGCGUGCGCGAGAAGAAGAAGGACGCGAAGAUCCGGCAGCUCCUCGACAAGCAGUACCUCGCGCAGCAGGACCAGAAGGAACUCAACCAAGUCCUCAAGGGCAUCAAGCAGGGGUUCCGCUCGAACCGUCCGCGCGCGGGCUUCGGGCUGCUCGAGGAGGAGGAGGACCUCGGCACCGACGCGCAGGCGCGCCGCCGCCGCGGGCUGGGCGACGACGUGCUGGGCGGGGAGCUCGACGCGUUCGCGGGCGUGAACUUCGGGGGCGCGGGCGCCGGGGACGACGUGAGCGCGGGCGUGCUCGCGCGCGUGCAGCGGCGCGCGGAGGAGAAGGCCCUCGAGAGCGCCGCCGCCGGCAACGAGCGCUACGACCCCCUGCGCUCGUCGACGUCCAAGGACGUCCUCUCGAUGAUCAACAAGCAGACGAGCCACCCGCGGCCCUUCGCGCACUUCGGGAGCGCCAGCGGCGGCGGUGCGCGGCGCGCGGGCGGCGGGUCGGCGCCGGGCAACGUGCGCGGGCGGCUGAGCGUGGCGGUGGCGGGGUACGAGGGGUCGCGGUCGCUGUUCGGGGACCUGGGCGGGUCGAAGACGUCGUUCCUCGGGCGCACGAUCGCGGCGCCGGUGACGUCGCGCGCGGCGCCCGUCGGGCAGCGCGCGGGCCCGUUUGUGUUUGAGCGCGAAGCCAGCAAGGGCGGCGCGAGCAAGCCGGGCGCGGCGGCGUCGGCGCCCGCGGGGGCGCGCGCGGGGCCGUCGUCGUUCGCGGGGAUCGGGCAGCGGCUGUCCGGGGCGUCGGCGCCGGCGGGCGCGGCGGACGCGCCCAAGCUGGUGGGCAUCCUGGGCGCGUGCGGGAAGCGGGCGGACCGCGACGAGCGGUGCCCGCUCGGGGCGGGGCUCAAGUCGCUCAACCGGGCGCUGAACCGGCAGACGACGUCGCUCGGCGCGAAGCGGCAGCGGUCGUGA